CAUGUUGGGCAAGCCUUUCUGGUGGAGGAGGAAGUUUGCUGCCAGGAGGAGCUUGCUGGCAGGGGCUGGGGUCUGAGCUCUCAGCCAGCCCUCACUGCAUUUUUCGGCUCCUUCUGAUCUCUAAGUCUUCAGUGCCAGCCUGUCUGCCCCCGGGGGCCAGCGCUCCAUCAUGCAACAAGUGGUCCUGAGCCUGCUCCUUGUCCUGGCGGGCCUGCCUGCCCUGGACGCCAACGACCCGGAAGAUAAAAACAGUCCUUUCUACUAUGAUUGGUACAGCCUGCGGGUCGGUGGGCUCAUCUGUGCAGGGAUUCUGUGCGCCGUUGGCAUCAUCGUCCUCAUGAGUGAGUGGAGGAACGCAGGGGAGUGGGCAGGGCAGGGCUGUGGGUCUCCUCUCCUGACCAUUCCUCUCUCCCCAACAGGUGGGAAAUGCAAAUGCAAGUUCAGCCAGAAGCCCAGCCACCGACCAGGGGACGCCCCACCUCUCAUCACUCCAGGCUCUGCCCGUAACUGUUGAGGACGGAUCAGCUGAAAGAGCAUGGAGGCCUCUCUUUCCCCAAGUUCUGCCUCUGCACAGGACCUGCACUCCACGAUGGAAUUCUCCCUCCUCUCCUCAGACCGCCUUGCUAGGCCUCAUCUCACCUCUCACUGGAGGGGUCUCUUUGUUCAAUUUUUAAUCUAAAAUGAUUGUGCCUCCUGCCUAAA